GUCAGGAUCCUCUUCGAGGCCUUCACUUCGUCCGUCAUGGCCGAGCGUCUCAAUCCUAACAUGCUAUUUGCGAAUUUCAACCAAGACUUCACGUGCGUAUCCGUAGGGACGAAGAAGGGUUAUAGCAUCACCAACUGCGACCCUUUCGGACGGGUGUAUACAAUGAACGACGGAGCACGAGGGAUUGUCGAGAUGCUGUUCUGUACAUCCUUGCUCGCCUUGGUCGGCGCUGCGGACCAUCCGCAAUCUAGUCCACGGAAGCUCCAGAUCGUCAAUACUAAGAGGCAAUCGAUGAUCUGCGAGCUUCUUUUCCCCUCCUCCAUCCUCGCCGUCAAGCUCAACCGCAAGACGCUCGUCAUCGUCCUCGAGGUCGAGAUCUACAUCUAUGAUAUUUCGAACAUGAAGCUUCUCCACGUAAUUGAGACGACGCCCAAUCCAAACGCCAUCGUCGCCCUAUCCCCUUCCGCCGACAACUCUUACCUCGCAUACCCUUCCCCCGUCCCCUCACCUGCUCUCUCCCAGGCGUCAGCGACGCAACAGCCAAGCCCGCCCGCCACCGCGCCCUCGACGGGCGACGUCCUCCUCUUUUCCACGCGCUCACUCACUGUCGCGAAUGUCAUCCAGGCGCACAAGUCGCCCAUCUCUUUCCUCUCCAUCAACUCAACUGGCACCCUACUCGCGACCGCCUCCGAGAAGGGUACGGUGAUCCGCGUUUGGAGCAUUCCGGGGGCGGAGAAGCUUUAUCAGUUCCGGAGGGGCACGCGCGAGGCGCGCAUAUACUCGAUCAACUUCAACAUCGUCUCCACGCUGCUGUGCGUAAGCUCCGCGCACGACACCGUGCACAUAUUCAAGCUUGGGCAGGGGCAGGGGAGGGGGUCUGGGGUCGGCGCACAGAGCCCUUCCAGCCCGUCGGGAUCUAUCGACAGCAGGGAAGGGUCUCAGGGUCUGGACGGCGGAUACGAGGCGUAUGUGGACAAGAAGAAGGGUAGCAGUGUCUCAUCAACAUUGCGACGGAAAUCACUACAUCUCACAAAGAAUUUGACGUCGUCUGUUGGCGGCUACUUGCCCAACACGCUCACUGAGAUGUGGGAGCCCUCACGAGAUUUUGCCUUCUUGCGGUUACCCACCAGCGGUGCUCGGUGUAUUGCGGCGCUUAGCGGGACGAUGCCACAGGUUAUGGUCAUCUCAUCGGAGGGUUACUUCUAUUCCUACAAUAUUGACCUAGAGAACGGCGGCGAGUGUUCGCUUAUGAAGCAGUAUAGCCUGCUGGACUCGAACGAUGAGACGAAUGAUUGAGCGAUCGUGGAGCAGAGCCGCGGGAGAUAUCGCUUCCACGAUGGAUCCGUAACCCUGUGGUAUUCAUUCUCGCCCUCGUUCCUGCUUUUCGUUUGUGUCUUGCGUCCUCAUCGUGGCCGUCUCGUUCAUCUCAUAUGUUGGAGGACUGUGGUAUGCUGAUGCGCUUGUUACGACUUGCAUGAUACCGUAGCGCCACCAUACUUGUAAUCAUU